AUGGAUAACUGGGUUCCCAACCCCAGAGCUCGACCAUAUAUUCCCAAACGUAAAUUGUAUGGAACAGCUGGUAGUAAAUUGAGAGAGUAUAGCAGUAGAAGAUGUAUCUCCAAAAUAUUUCAGGGUGGACUGAUACUGGUAUUGAUAGUAACAGUUGUAAUUAAUAUUACAUUUUUAUUAGAUACCAGUAAAAAAUUACAACCAGACCCACAGAUCACAGAAAACAACUAUCAGAAGUUUAAAGAUGGGUUAUCUCAGGAAUUGGAACAACAUAAUAAAAUGAAAAGUUUGAAGGCUACAAUAGAAGUUAUAUCAAGUAAAGAAUUAGUUUCUAUUACUGUGGAUGGAACUGCUGUAUUAGAAGAUGAAGGGUUUGAUACUAAUAGAGGAGUGCAUGUGGUAGUGUUAAAUCAAGCUACAGGUAGUGUCAUGGCCAAAAGAAUAUUUGAUACCUAUAAUCAACAUGAAGAUGAGGCUAUGGUACUGUUUUUAAAGAUGAUUAGUGAUGGUAGAAUUAUUAUAUUUACUAUCAAGGAUGAAGGUACAUUCCAGUUAAAAUCAACAGCUCGACAAUAUUUAGCCAGCAUGGGAAGUGAAUAUAUUACUAAUAUAAACUGGAGAGAUACUUGGGCAUUUGUAGCCAUUAAGGGUGGUAAGAAGAUUGGUGAAGCUCAUAAUAAAUCACCUAGUUUGUCCAGUUGGGGUGAAAAAUCUGUUUUAACUGUCCACAUUAAGCUUUCUCCAAAAUCAGAAUCAAGAUGUAAUUGGCCUGAUAAUGAAAGUAAUAGAAGAAGAGAAGUAUUCUGUAGUAAAGUAGAAGGUUAUGGUAAUGUUUGUAGUUGUACAGAUCCUUCACCUAUAUCAUUUUCACCUCAAAAGUUAGAGAACAAUAAGAUAUCUGAUAUACCUAUAGCUGUGAUAGCCAGUAACCGUCCCCAUUAUUUAUAUAGAAUGUUAGGUACCUUACUAUCUGUACCGGGUGCUAAUCCUCAAUUAGUUACAGUAUUUAUUGAUGGUUAUUUUGAGGAACCAUUAGAAGUAACUAAGUUAUGGGGUAUUAAAGGUAUACAACAUACACCAAUGGGUAUUAAAAAUGCAAGAAUAUCACAACAUUAUAAAACAAGUUUAACAGCCACCUUUAAUUUACAUCCUAAAGCUGACUAUGCUAUAGUUAUAGAGGAAGAUUUAGAUGUUUCACCUGAUUUUUUCAAUUAUUUUAGUCAAACUAAACAUUUAUUAGAUGAAGAUAGUAGUUUAUAUUGUAUAUCAGCUUGGAAUGAUCAGGGAUAUGAACAUUCAUGUAAAAAUGAGAGUUUAUUAUAUAGAGUAGAGACUAUGCCUGGGCUUGGUUGGUUGCUAAGAAGAAAAUUAUAUAAAGAUGAGUUAGAACCAAAAUGGCCGACCCCGGAUAAGCAAUGGGAUUGGGAUAUGUGGAUGAGGAAUAAUUUUAUACGUAAAGACAGAGAAUGCAUAAUACCAGAUGUUUCCAGAACUUACCAUUUUGGAUCCAAAGGCUUAAAUAUGAAUCCUUAUUUUCAAGAAAUUUAUUUUAAAAAACAUUCCAUAGUAGCCAAACCUGAUGUUAAAUUGAAAGAUUUAGAUAGAAUGAAACAGAAGGAAUAUGAAGGUGUAAUAAAUGAAUUAAUCAAAUCUGGUGAAGUUUUAUCAGAAAAUCAUAAUCCAUGUGAUGACAGCUUUAUACCUAAUACAAAGGAUAAAACCUAUUUAUUAUAUAUCAGUAUGAAAUCCCCUACAGACUAUACUACUUGGAAAAUAUUAGCUAAGUGUUUUCAUAUAUGGGAUUUAGAUGUAAGAGGUUUCCAUAAGAGUAUGUGGAGAUUAUUUUUAAAAGAAAAUCAUAUUUUAAUCAUUGGAGUUCCUGCCUCACCUUAUUCGUAA